CAAAUGUCAAGAGUUAUAUUAGUCCAGAUGAACCGCCAAUAAUGCCAUACCCGGCCCAACCGCCCUCUCCAAGUCCUCCACUCAUAUCAAAGAUGGAUAUAUACCACGACCCAAAUGUAUUCGCAGAACUCGACCAAAUUGCUAUCAAUGUCGCUCGAGAAGAUCAGAAGACUUUCACAGAUUUGGUGCGACUGUUGAUCGGCAGUUGUAUUACAGAUGUGGAGAAGGCGAGGGCUAUAUUCCGGUGGAUUACUGUCAAGAAUUUAAAUACAAUAAAGUUUGACGACGACGCUGACAACUCGGACACACCGAUGGGUAUACUGAGGGGUAUCAAACACGGCACUGAGAGUUAUCAUGUGCUGUUCAAACGGCUUUGCAGGUGA